CAGCCUACAAAAUGCGUCUGUAUCCUGUGCAUGCAGUUGCAGAAAAUGCAGUUUUUCAGCUUCCGUUUUUUCCCGAAGAGUUCUAAGUUCCGAAGAAUUUUCAAAGACUUUUGACAGAAGAUAUUUGACAAUCUUACUAAAUAACCAGUAAUUUUCCUGUCAUAAAACCUUCGAAGAACAAUGGAAACUCCUCCAGAUCCCGGAGAUACGAAAGAUUUCCGUUUCGAGAAACUGCGGGAGUUCACCUCAUGGGAAGCGGAUAAAGAAACCGUUGUUUCCAGAGUUAUUCGCGGCGUAACUGUCGCGAACCGAUUCGGCUUGGCGUUUUGUAUUUGCGAAAACGGGUUUUACGUGAUUAAUUGUACGGAUUUCGCCAACUUGGGGAAAAAUGGGGCGCGUCUGGAAGACAGUGGGGCAUUCGUCGUGCGCCUCCAUGGUCAGCCUGUCUUGGCCGCCGUUAGUUCCACCGGGUUAACUCUCGCGGUUUGCUUCAUUGACGAUGGCGGACUUCCUGUUGCCUUCUUCUACGACAUCCGAGCAUUUUCAAAAAAAGAUGCGAAAGUCAACCCGUUUCAUUUGAUUCGGCUAAGCAUCACCCCGGCAGUUGCUCUUCGUGAUUUUUCUUGGAUCCCCACAAACGAAGAGAUCUUCGCGGUGGUCUUAUCUGACGGAUCCCUUUCACUGUUCGAAAUCAAAGAAAAUGCGACCAAUGUUAUGGGAUCGCUGCCGCCGUCAGGAGCAACCUGUCUCAGCUGGAGUCCCAAGGGAAAGCAGUUUGCCGUUGGCAGAACUGACGGAUCCGUUGCUCAGUAUAAACCGGAUCUGUCGCUCGCUCGCAGCAUUCCUGGUCCGAAGAUCAGCGUCUCCGCACGGAAUAUUGUAUGGUUGUCCACGUACGUAUUUGCCGUAGCCUACGUGCAGCCGGGCAACAACCAGCCCAUUCUGGUCAUUCUCAACGCACCGAAAUCCGGCGAACCGAUUUUCACCAACUUCGACGACGUGUGCAUGGGAUCGAGCGAUGCCAAGCGGGAACCGUACUACCAUUUGCUUCCCGUUUUCGAGUGGAAUAUGCUUUUGGUUGCCAGUAAUACUGCCAUGGAAUUGGCCGUGCUGUCGUGCCAGUCCGUGGAUCAGACGACCGGAUGGCUGCAGUUGCUUUUGGAGGAAACGGGGCGGGCGGAAAUGCCGUUAGUUGGCUCGGAAGAAAAUUUUCCUUUGGGAGUGUCUCUGCUGACUUGCACUCCAUUUCCCGUUAUUAUUACGGCAACGACUUUGGGCGUCUUGGUACUGUACAAAAUAGUGAAUCAGAUGAAAACGCCCACUGGCAUGCCGCUGAACAUUUGCAGCAAAGUGGAACUUUUGGGUUCCAUUCCUGGCGAGCGUCGCCAACUGGAUAUUCCGCAGCCACAACAACGACCUCCAGUCAUAACUCAAGCCACAAGUGUUCCGGAAAAGAAACCAAUUUUUGCCCACCCGAAUUUAUCCGAAUCAUUUUCUUCGGUCAAAAGUCCGCUAACUCUCUCGACAAACCAAGCUGCCAAACCAACACUACCCAGUCCUGUGCAGCCAUCGGUUCCUCUUUUGGUUCGACUAGCCUUGGAUCCUUGUUGGACGAAAACCCAAAAGCUGACAAGCCGUCGCUUGCACCUUCGAAGGAACCAGUCCAUACGGCUCGACCAGUUAGUCCGAAACAUUCUAAGGUUUUUCUUUGCUGGAAUGACUGCGGCUCAUACGACUCCGAAGCCAGUUGCCGAUCCAGCGAAAAUACCUUCGGGUACCGUUCAGCAAUUUUUGCGCAAUAUUUCUGCUCUGGGAAAGCAGAUCGAGGGGCUGUCGAUCGAAAGGGAGCCACAUAAGGACGCUGAAUUGUCUCUUCACAUGGAAAAUUUGUCAGCUGCCAUGGACAGUUUGAUGAGUAUGUUCAACGAGACAGCCAUUCGAUUGAAUGAACAAGAGGGACUACUGGAAGCGCGUCUACAUGUCGUGGAAGAAGCGCUGGUUAUUAUUGAAAAGUGCAGUGAUUCGCACUUUCUUGCGUGCUUUCGAGACCUGCCACUUGAUCCUUUGCAGCAGCGAAAAUACAAUAAGUUGCAAAGUAAUCUGAAAGAAAUUGAAACAAAAUUGCGCAGUAUCAGCUUGGGAAUUGACUUUGAACUGGACACUAUGGAAGCGGCAGCAGUGAAUACAGAAGACCAAUUCGCAGACGCCAAGAAGACUAUCAAAACCAUCGAGGUGGCGGCUCUGGAACUCCAGAGAAAAUUGUUCGAAAUUGAGAAAGAGGCGAAGAAGGCUGGAUUGCACAGGAGAUCUGUGAGGCCUGAAGUGCAAGUUAGCCCAGCUGAAGCAAUUUCACGGUUAUAUCCUGAUCUGACCAAAAUGGCAUCCACUAAAUUAUCCCCAGCAGUAUCCUUGCGUAUUCGGAAUAACAUCCGAAAUUCCCAGCCCAGAACCACUAAACACGAAGUAAUCUUGCUACGCCGACAUGUUGCCCAGGAAAAGACAUCGUCUCCUACACCAAAACCGUCUGCUAAGUCGUCAUUCAAGCUGGAUGCCGACUUUUCCGGAUUUAACACAAAGGCCGCAGGAGAUGGAUCAUCAAAACCGAUUAAAACUGAGGCUAAGAAUGUCGGUGCUUCGAUGAAAACUGCAGAUCAGACCUUCCCUGAAGUUCCGGAACAGGCUGUGCCGUCUGCUGUAUUUAGUGGAGCAUCGUUUACGUUUGGAGUUGAUAAAUCAGUUGGCGCAACGAAACCUGCCGCAGCAACAAAAACCUCGGAACCAAAACCUUCCGCUAAUCGCGAAAUUGAAACCUUGAAGUCUACAUUCGGUGGAACUCCGUCAUUUGGAUUUGGAGCGCAUACUUCUUCCAAUGUCGCGAAAACUGAGCCUGCAACAAAAUCAACAGACCAAAACCUUUAUCAAGUGGUCGUGAAAACGCCAGUACGGAUUCUACUUCACGAACGGCUUCGUCGUUUACGUUUGGAACUCCCAGUUCGGUUGCUGCCAAACACGUUUCAGUGCCAGUGGGAAAGUCGGACGGCAGUAAUCCCAGCACUGGAUUUGGGUCUCUUUUUGGUGGUGGGUCUGUGGCAUCGACAGUUCCAGCUCCGACCAGUGGUGGUUCCGCAGCGAAAAUUCCCGAGCCAGCCAAACCAUUGUCGGAUAGCUCUGCCAGUCAACCUACUGGUUUUGGCAACUUUAAGACCGACAGUUCGCCCUUCGGAAGUGCAUUCGGCUCAAAGCCGAGCACUAGGACGUCAACCAUCGCUACGGGUGCCGACCAGCACCGGAUUCGGUUCGUCCUUCGGAGGCGGUACUAUGACGUUCGGGUUUCCACCUCCGUCCAGCGCUUCUCCAGCCACGACGAUUCCCGAGCCGGCCAAACCACUGUGGCCUAACGCUGGCAGUGCUGCCCCAUCCACCGGCUUCACCAGUUUUAAAGUUGACACGCCAGCUUUUGGAGGAGGCACCGUAAGCUCCAGCUCGAACCCGUUUGCAACCCAAGCAGCAUCCAGCGGCUUUCCUACCACAGGAUCCGGAUUUGGAAAUUUUUCCUCAUUUGGGAGUAAACCAGCAUCGGGAACUGCCGGGACCGCUGCCCCGAGCGGUGGAUUUGGAUCACCUUUUGGUGGUGGUACUGUGACCUCCACCUUUCCUGCUUCUAAUUUUCCAGCUGCAACAGCCGCUGAACCGGCCAAACCAAUGUGGGGCAGCACUACCACUGCCACGCAGCCCUCCGGUUUCACCAGCUUUAAAGUCGAUACACCGGCAUUUGGGGGCGGAGGAUUCGGUGCGCCUUCUAAUCCUUUCGCAACCCAAGCAGCCGCCAGCGGUUUCCCGUCCGCGGGCUUUGGAGCUUCGGCUUUUGGGCAGACGCCGGCUUUUGGAGGAGCAAGCGGUGGAUUUGGCGCCAGUCCAUCGUUUGGUUCGUCCGUACAAGCGCCUUCCGGAUCAGCCAUCUGGAACACACCGGGAGGAUUUGCCGCCUAUGCCAGUACACCGGGAUUGUCGUUUGGAUCGGUGGCUGCUCAGAACAACCAGCCGUCGGGGGGAUUUGGCGCCGUGACCCAACAGCAACCGCAGCAGUCGGGCGGGUUUGGAUUUGGCGGUGGGAAUACGGGUGGUGCACCGCAGUCCAACGCCUUUACGCAGUACCGAUGAACGUGUGAACAUGUUGUUGGCUUUUGUCUUGUGUUUGUAUGUCUCUGUUCGUGAAUUCAUGUAAUUGCGUGAGAAUCUUUGUUUUUGUAUUAUGAUCAUUUUUUGGAAUUUGUUGGUUUCCUUCCUGUCUGGAUUCCGUUGCACUCAUCAAAUGAAACACUUGAAUGGUAUUACGGAAUAAUGAUUGUCCUUUGCUUUAUUAAAGGGUUGUUUGAAAAAUUGGUUAACUGGUGCAACGGCUCAAUCAGACUGCCGAAAAGCGCUUUACCAAGUGGCGUGUAAGCAGUUGCAGUCAGAACUUGUUUCGACGGUGUCUCUGACUCGCAGU